GAUGGCGCUGGCUGAAGCGAGUUCUCGGUUCCCCGAGGGGACGCCUCCCGCCGAGCGGCUGAACCCGCUUUCCCGCUUCACGUGCCCGGUCUGCUUGAAGGUGUUGGAGAACCCCGUGCAGGCGCCUUGCGGCCACGUCUUUUGCAUGCCGUGCAUUCAGGAAUGUCUUAAAAAGCCACUUUGUGGAGUGUGCCGCAGCACCCUGUCUCAUGGUAGCAGAGCUUUGGACGUGGAAAAGCAAAUUGAAAUGACAGAGACCACUUGCAAUGGCUGCAGUAAAAAAAUGUACCUCUCGAAGCUGCGCAGUCAUGUGGCUUCUUGCUUGAAAUACCAGGAUUACAUAAUGGAAGGUGUUAGAGCUGUGACUAAAGAUCCACCCCAGGACACAAGGAGUGUUCCAAAUAGCUUUACAUUUCCAUGCCCUUACUGCAAUGAGAGAAACUUGGACCAGGAAGGGCUGGUAGAACACUGCCAAAAGUAUCACAGCAUGGAUACAAAGCGCGUGGUUUGUCCAAUUUGUGCAUCAAUGCCAUGGGGUGACCCAAGCUAUAGAAGUGCCGACUUCAUGGAGCAUCUUCAACGACGGCAUCGCUUUUCUUAUGAUACUUUUGUGGAUUAUGAUGCCGAUGAAGAUGACAUGAUUGCCCAAGUUAUGAUGCGCUCUUUGAGAGAUCAAUGAAAAAUGUAGGAAAUAAACUGUCAAUAUAGGGCUUCCAUUAGGGGGAAAUAAUAUCUUGGACACUUCAUAUCCCAACAUUCUCUGGCAUCCAUCAAGUGAAGAGUCCAACUUCAUUGCGUUGCUUCUCUGCUUGUUUCCUUUCUAACGACCUUGCUCAAAAACUGCAGCGAAUAUUUUGUUCAUUCUUAUUUGAGGAUACUUUCAGUUUGUGUCGCUUUUCUCUUGUUUGUGCUUUUUAAGUUCCC